ACUGCUCCAGGCUGCGGGCUAGUUACAGGUUGUCAUUGCCCAGGGCUAGGGAGAGGGGCGGCUGGCACUGCCCCGGGCUGGGGCGGAGGACAGGCUGAAGGGAAGGUAUGUCUGCAUGAGGGAAGGCGGGUGGCGCGCGCAUGCCGGAACCACCUCCCACUUCUUGGUUGACACCUGCUCCUUCCGCCCUUGGCGCCUGUGCCGUUGCCCCGCCUCUUUAUUGAUAUACAGCUGGCGGUGUCCCGGGCGGCCAAUCACCGGCGGCAGCUCCUGAAUAUGGAAUGAGCCCGGGGCUGCGGCCCUUGUCAUGCGGGCCCGAGCGACGAGGGAACAGCGCGGCGGGGAGCGGGGCACAAGAUGGCGACAGCCAUGUACCUGGAGCACUAUCUGGACAGUAUUGAAAACCUGCCCUGUGAUUUGCGAAGGAACUUCCAGCUGAUGCGUGAACUGGAUCAAAGAACAGAAGAUAAGAAAGCAGAAAUUGACAGCCUUGCAGCAGAGUACAUUUCAACAGUGAAGCACUUGUUGCCAGAGCAGCGGGUGGAGUACCUCCAGAAGAUUCAGAACGCUUAUUGUAAAUGUAAAGAGUACAGUGAUGACAAAGUGCAGCUAGCCAUGCAGACCUAUGAGAUGGUGGAUAAACACAUCCGACGGCUGGAUGCAGACUUGGCACGAUUUGAAGCAGAUCUGAAGGAUAAGUUGGAAGGCAGUGACUUUGAAAGCCCUGGAGGUCGAGGCCUGAAAAAGGGACGAAGUCAAAAGGACAAGAGAAGCUCCCGGGGUCGAGGCAGGCGAACAUCUGAAGAAGAUACUCCAAAGAAGAAAAAACUAAAAGGAGGUUCUGAGUUUGCUGAUACUAUCCUGUCUGUUCACCCCUCGGAUGUCCUAGACAUGCCAGUGGAUCCCAAUGAGCCCACAUAUUGCUUGUGCCACCAGGUGUCCUAUGGAGAAAUGAUUGGCUGUGACAAUCCCGAUUGUCCAAUUGAGUGGUUUCACUUCGCUUGUGUGGACCUCACCACAAAACCAAAAGGAAAAUGGUUCUGUCCCCGUUGUGUUCAGGAAAGGAAGAAAAAGAACAUCCAUCAUGAACCACUGCUAAUAAAACAGAAGUCCACACAGCAGGAAUGUUUUAAAAGGGACAUCUUGCUUGUUUGGUGAGAGAUCUGCAUGCUUUUGAUUUGAGUUGCCUUUCAGGUUGACAGAUAAAAUGUGAAUCUUGCUAUCAUUAGAGUCUCAUACCCUAUAGUGGAAGGAAGACAGAAAUCCAAGAGGAAGAAAAGAAAAUAUUCCAUAUAAGUCAUAGAAUCAUAGAUUAUUAGGGUUGGAAGGGACCUCAAGAGAUC